AGCGCCUAUUCAACACCACUCCACGAUGUCCUCUACCUCUUCCAACAUCGUUUUCGACGAUAUAUUCACAAUAAAUGAAAUAGAUAAAGAGGGCAAAAAAUUCGAUCGAGUAUCGCGUCUUUACGCUCACUCGAAAAACUAUGAUAUGGACCUCACACUGGAUUACAAUAUCGAACUCUUUCCUCUAAUUACUGGACAGAACUUCGCACUUGCGCUUGCUUCUUCCUUGGUCCGUGGUGCUCCUGGUGGAACCAGUAACGAUGUGGCAGACGAUGAGGACAAAGAAAGAGACGUAUGGAGACCGGAUGGUAAAGGUAGGAAGGGCCUCGAGGAAGACUAUGACUAUGUGAUGUACGGAAAAGUUUACAAGUUCGAUGGAGGAACGGCUGAAGUUGUGACUGCCUACGCUUCAUUCGGAGGACUUCUGAUGUCCCUUACAGGCUCCUUUAGACAUAUGACCAACAUCGUCUUGGGUGAUCCGAUAUAUAUACUUUUGCGCACAUAAUUCACCACUUUUACGCCUUACACCAUAAGUCGACGCUUGUGAACAUCACUCAGUCGCGCACGGCAGAGCUGAGUAGCCGAGCCUUCGUUGAAGAGCUAGCAUAUAUUAUCACGCAGAAUAUGUAUUUAUACAGGGAUAUGUAAGUUGUGGAUAAAUACUAAAAGUAUA